CUUUUUUAGAAAGUUGCACCGAUAAAUAUUUUUGUGACUUCUAUCAAAAUGUUAUGAUCUGUUUUUCUGAUGAAACAAUCCAGGUGAGGCUAGUUUCACACCAUUGUUAUUCAUGAUGGACUAUCACAGUGAUAUGAUUGCAGAGGAUGUGGUUGGGGAGAUGAUUCGAAGGGUGACUGGAAUGGCAAUGCUGUAUGGUGUCCAGAAGACUGUUACAAACUGGGAGUUUCCCGAGCAACAGGAGGCUAUGCCAUUCACACUGUUUCCCAGCCUGAUGCCUGCUGAAGUGUUCACAAGGACCAGGCGUGUCCACAUCAUGUUCCAGACUCUCAUAUACAGAGUGGCAAACGACCAUGAGUUCAUGAAAAAAUGUUUAAAGGAUGUGUUGCCGGUGGAUGAUUUUACCCAGGAAUUUUGGAACAUCUACAACACAGUGCGAGAGGAGGGUCCAGCUCAGGAAAUAACGCUGACCUUGAGCCGUGAUGAUUUUAUGAUGGAGCCAAAGGCAGAUGGAUCUAAGGGUCAGGAUGUGAAGCAGGUUGAGUUUAACACGUUUGCCUCUGGUGCUGGUGGGGUCAUUGGUGCUAUGAGAGAUGUGCAUCGGUACAGCCUUAAUGUAGCAGGAUUUCCUUUGAAGGAAGAUCAGUUGCCAGAGAAUUGCCCCAGCAAGGGUCUUGCUAAAGGUCUGGUAAAGGCGUGGCAGUUGUAUGGAAAUGAUAGGGCAGUUGUGCUAUUUGUUGUUGGCAUCCCUGAGCCAAACAGCCCGGACCAGCGAUGGCUGGAGAGACAUAUGUUUGAGAGUGAGCCUAGAGCCCGGGUUAUUUACAGAACGUUUGACCAGCUGAUACAAGCUAGCAAGCUCGGGGAAAAUAAGGAACUACUAGUAGAUGACUAUGAGGUUGCAGUGGUGUACUACAGAUAUGGCUACUCCCCAAAACACUAUCCAACAAGGAAGGAGUAUGACCUUCGACUCAAAAUGGAGCGUUCCCGCGCCAUCAAAUGUCCCUCGAUGGCAUCCCACCUGGCUGGAUGUAAGAAGAUACAGCAAGUCCUGGCUGAGCCCAGAGUGCUGGAGAGGUUUAUUUCCGACCCUGUGACUGUGGCGGAGAUCAGAUCUGUAUUUGUGGGGCUGUAUAGACUCAACCAGGAUGGAAGUAGCUCCGCUGUGAUAGAGAAAGCUCUGGCCAACCCAGACCAGUUUGUGAUGAAACCACAGAGAGAGGGUGGAGGAAACAAUCAUUUUGGAGCUGAACUGAAGUCAUUUCUUGAGAAAAUCAAGAACACCCAAGAACUGUCAUCCUGGAUCUUAAUGGACAGGAUCCGAGUGGUGGAACAUAGGAAUCGAUUAAUCCGGGUUGGACUGGGGCCCGAGUGUAGGGAUGUCUGUAGUGAGCUAGGAAUAUUUGGCGUUCAUUUAAGUACUCCAGGAGAAGAACUGGAGAACUUUGAGUGUGGAUGGUUAUUACGGACCAAACCGGUAGAAGCCAACGAGGGCGGACUGUUCAGCGGAUUUUCCUGUCUAGACUCCCCGUUCUUCGUGGAUGUUUGAUGGCAUGGUUCAGUGAAAGGGCCAUGAUUAAGUCUGAGUUCAGACUCAGUUACUAAACUGCAUAUCUUUAUUUCAUUGUAACUUUCUCUUUAGUUGAGUUUUGGUGAAAAAAAUGCCAAAUUUCAUAACUAUUUUCAAAAAAAAAAAUGGAAUUUUCUUAGUCUAGUCUUGGACUUGAGGCUGUUUGUAAUCAUGAGUCCGAUAAUCAUGCAUAUUAACUUUUUUAAGCAACAGCGACUGAUUAUCAUAAUAAUCUGAAAGAGACUUACUCACCAAUUUUAUUCGGGCAUCAUUCUUUUUAAAUUUUGUUUAAGAUUGAAUUAUUUCUCUUAUUUUUAUGAUCAAACAACAGUUACCAACUGGCAUUUACUCAUUCUACAGAUUUUUUUUAAUUUAAGCCUUUAACGAUUCAAUUUUUAAUAGUGUUAUUAAAGCUUUUUUGAAAAUAAAUAAAUUUGUGUCACAUUUUUCAAUAACUGUUAAAAGCAGAGCUUUCAUCUGAACUAUUGUUGAUGUUUUAUCAUUGUGAAAUGCAUUUUAUUCCCAUUUCAAACGAAUGUUUGUUCUUGAUAACCUAUAGAGUAAAAUAUAAACAAAUACAUUAAAGCUGUAAAAGUGGCUAGAAUGGUGGAUAACGUGUAGGCAAAUCACACUAAUUGAUGUAUCGACAUGCUUUAUGUUCUCCUUUUGAAGAGUCACCACUUAAAGAAGAAAUUGUGAAAAGACAAUUAUGAUCUGUGGAGUAUGGUUUAAAAAAGAUUUUUGAGUUAAAUUGUUCGCCCGUAAUUUUUUUCAAGAAUUUGACUUGAAGAUGCAGAAGUAAAUUUUAUUGAUAUUUGAAUGAGAAAUUAUAUCUUAACACAUCAUUAAGUGUGUCUGUCCAGAUUGAACCUUGUCCGGCUGUUGACUAUGCAUUAUUGGAUAUCCAAAAAUUUACUAUAAUGAGUUGGUGCUUCACAUGCAAGUCCAAGGUCUGUACCCCUAAGGUCGUGUUCACACUUGAGUUCUUGUGAUAGUACUGGUCUGAACUGAACCAUGUGCUGUCUGUAUCUUGAAUGUUCACCAUGAUGAGGCAGCAUGUUGCACAAGACACAGUUAUCUCCCCUCUAUCUGAUUUUUUUUUUAUUAUUGGUGCUUGUCCUUCACUUCAUUUUUCACUUCAUGUACAUCUUGCUUUAAAUGAUAAUCAGAAUUUCUUGAGCUGUGUGGUAAUAUGAGAUAGGAAGAUUUAUUGAAAACAUGCAUUUGUACUUGGGUAAUUAUAUCCAAGGUAUGCUUUAUUGUCUUAAUUUCACAACAUGGGCAGGGAGGUUUGUCAAAUUCCCUAGCUGAGUGUCAUUCUAGUCAUGAAGUCCUGGAGGAUAUUAAAUAUACUUGUAAGUGGUGUAGCUGCAUCUAUGGAGAUCUGUUUGGAAUCAGCUGUUGCCAAAACCCACUUAUUGCUGCCUUCACCCCGAGGUUAACAUUUCAGCCUCUUCAGUGUUAUUGACUGAUACUAUUUUCAGCAUACAUUCAUUAAUUCAUGCUUUUAUGACCAGUGAAAUAUACCUUGUGUUCUAAAGAUGUCAUUCCUGCCAACUCUGUUGACUAGCAUAAUUGAAAUAGGCAUUAUUUUAUUUAAGAAUUUGUUGUUUUUUAUAUACAUUGUAUAAUCGGGUUCUGCAUUAAACAGUGUUUAUUUAAAAUACUUGCAUGCUUUUACUAUAUGCCAUAAAUAUUCAGAAAUGUU